AUGCUUUUCCAUAAUGUUAUCACACUAGCAGUUUUUGCUCAGCAAGCGGUUUCACAUGCAGUCGAAAAGAAUAGGGGCCCGGCCUUAAAUCAAGACUUUUCUUUGCCAGACUUGAUUCAGGCCAAAAAACUGCCAAAAACUUGGGCUCUCGGAGGGCAGGCAUUGCUGGAAGAAGGCAGAGUUGUGUUGACUCCGAAGAAGGCUACUAAGGGUUCUGUAUGGUCUCAAAACGAAUAUCCGCUGGAUAACUCUUUCACUGCAGAAUGGACAAUAAGAAGCACUAAUCACCAAGGCAAGUCAGAGGGUGGGUUGGCGAUGUGGUUUGUUGGUGCAAAAGGUGCUGUCGACACCGAACUGUACAAUGGUCCUUCGAAAUUUGACGGACUGCAGUUGUUGAUUGACAAUAAUGGCGCACUAGGUGGAACAUUGCGUGCACACUUGAAUGACGGCAACAAACAACUCACAAGCAGUGAUGUUUAUGGUGACACCUUUGCUUCAUGUCUGCUUGCGUAUCAAGAUUCUACGGUUCCUCUGACCGUCAGACUCACUUACGACAGCUCCGACAACCAUCUCCUGAAAGUCCAAGUUGACAAUAGAGUCUGUUUUCAAACCAGAAUGGUGAAGUUUCCAAUUCAAAGCUACAAGUUCGGUAUCACUGCUGAGAACGCUGACAACGAAGAAUCUUUCGAACUGUUGGAAUUUGAACUUUACGAUAGUGUUCUAGAGGAGUCUUUGCUGCCAAAUGUAAACGUCAUGGAGCAACCUCGAUUUGUUACCAAAGUCAUUAAUCAAAAAACUGGUGAAGAGGAGCUUGUUGAAAAGACGGCACUAGAAAUGAACGGCGGGGCAGACUCCGUUUCCAAUCUCGACCUGUUGUUAAAACUAAACAGGAUUGAGGGCAAAGUUUUGGCAAAUGACAUUGGAAUGCUGUCAAAGACAAUUGAUGAACUGAUACAAAUUCAAACGUUGCAAAGUAGAAAGCUUGACAAGGUAAUUGCUCUCUUUGCAUCUCGGAAAUCAAGCAGUGGCCAGGAUGGCGAGGAUAGCGAAGUGGUUGAUGAGAGUUUCAAAGAGUUCUUCAAGAUGGAUGAAAAGCUCGAAAAAUUGUUGCUCGAACAACAGAGAAUCAGGGAUGCUUCGAAGCAAAACUCUUUUGGAGAGAAUGGUGGACCCCACAUUGAUGAGAUUGUACGCAAAUUAACCAUUUGGUUGAUGCCAUUGGUAGCUGUCAUGAUGGUUAUGGCUUACUACACUUUCAAAAUUCGCCAAGAAAUAGUGAAAACUAAACUUUUAUGA